AUGACGGACGCGUAUCCGUACCACGACAGACACGAACUGAUACAACAGAUCCAGCGACAUCAACAGGAGCGGCAGCUGUCGUCUGUAGACUACAAUCAAGACGACGACUGGCCAUCUUCGAUAAAAGACGCCGACGAGAGCGCAUGGGAGCAGUACGGCGACGAGCACUCCCCCCAACAUGAGGAGAGGAGGGCGCGCCAGAGGGGAAGGACACGCGUGGACGCAGACACCAAUCGGCGGUUGGAGCUUAUUCGACAGCUCAACCAGCGGGCAGAGGAAGAAUUCAAACGAAGGAUCGAGGCAGAGGAAGAUGAAAGGAAUGAUGGAGAGAAUGAUGAGGAGGAGGCGGAAGAAGAGAAGAGAAAAGACAGGUGGGAUGUUCUUGACAACGAUACCGAGGACUAUGAAAAUGACAACAACGUUAACACCAAUUUUUACGCGAGAAGAGAGAAUGAGAAAACACGAAGGAAGAAGGACAAGAGCAGACGCAUCAGGAGCCGGGGUUCCGGUGACGUCAGACGCCGCAGGCAGGUGUCCGAGCCGCAGCGACCACACUACCCACCCGGACCACGCAGCGAGCCGGCGUACAGUCGUGAGGUAACGCCAGGUAAAGCCCCAUACCGCGCCUCUAGUCUGCCACCACUCGGUUUGGACGACGCCAGCAGCAUUAGCAACAACAACGACGACGACGGCCUGACCACCUCCAGAACCGUGUCCGAUGAUCCUGGAGCUUUCUUCGACCGCUACGCUCGUCGUGCCACCCGUGCAUCUGUGCUGACCAAGGCGGAGGAACUUUUGCUGCGAAGGAAGUCGCGUCCCUUGACCAACAUUUCCGAAUCGGACGAUGAAGGCGACGACGCUGCGACGAUGAUAUCGCAGAGGAUGCACGCACAGCGGCACGCCGCCAGACACCCUCGCCGCCAGAAGAACGACGACGAAUUCGAGGAACAGGACAACGAAGAAGAAGAAGAGGACAACAGCGAGAAAGAAAACAGUGUAGAUGAAGGCGAAGUGACUGAUGGAGGUCGACGAUACGCGGGUGCAGCAGGUCGCACGAGGAUGUACGACACCAAGGCAAAGGUGAAAGAACGCAUGCGCACUUUGGGCCACGAUGGGUUCCGAAAAAAUCGACUGCAACAAGCAAACGCCAGGAUUCAGAGACAAAGACAGAGACUACCUUACUCAAAGGCCGCCGCCCAGUCCUUCAGUGACUAUGACCGCGAGUCCUCAGGUACGGAUGAUGACGUCACAGAGUAUGGUGGUUACGAUGGCGACGGGCGCUACGAGGUUCCACAGACACGACUUCCGGAAGCAGCACUAUUUAGUCAAGACCGGGACAGAGACCGGGACCAGACCAAGAAACCGAGGCGUGUCUGGGUUUACCGCAAUGCAGAUGAAAAUUUCAAGGGGAAGCAAGUUCUGAUUACACAGAAAGAGUAUCCUAACUUCGAGACGCUUCUAGUCAAACUGGGCAAUAUUGUUCCUACUGUAGCAGGUGUGAGGUACAUCUUCAGCUGGCCAGAAGGCAAAGAAAUUAAAUCCAUAACGGAACUUCAAAACAACAGGUUCUACGUCUGCUCAAGCGUGAACCGUCUACAGCGGGUGAACUAUGGCAACUCCCGUGAGCAUUUCUGGAAAGGUGGGAAAAUACGACAUAACGAAAAGCAUCUGUUUACAAAAGAAAACGGACAGCUUGUGACGCAGUCGCCUAGCAACCAGCGACCGCACGUGAUCACAGUCAUCAGCAACAUGUACCGAGACAGCAGAGAGAAGCUCAUCCUCAAUCCCAACACCGCCCAAAAUUUUGAAGACGUCCUGCAGGACCUCCAGAACAUGGUCUUCAUCCCUCACCCACCGGUCCGGGCGCUGUGGACGGAGGAGAAGCCACACAUUAAGGUGGAAGGGUUUUCGCAUCUGUUUCGGGAGCUCAAAGACCACAAAACCUUUCUUGUCUGCGGAGAAGAGCGGGAGCCAAGGGAGCCACGGGAGCCCGCCAAGCGAACGUUGCCUAGCAGCAACUCUUCCAGCGACUCGGUCACCGGAAAGAGAUCUCUGCGCAGGUCCAAGCAGGCCAAAGCGGACACAGCGAGACUCGAUUCCUUGUCGCCCAUUCGUCGAGGACCUCCCGUUGCCAAACGCACGGAACCUCUCCGCGUAGAAAUCAACGGCAGGCAACGAGAUUUCUUCUUACCGUCCAUGCCAGCUUUAGAAAACGAUGGCUUGAAGCCAGACAAGAAACUGCGACUCGACUGGGUCUACGGCUUCCGGGGUCGCGAUGUCAGACAGAACCUGGUGGUGCUGCCCAACACGGGGGAGCUGGUGUACUUCGUGGCGGCCAUCGUGGUGCUGUACGACCGACGCACGCACACACAGAAACACUACACCGCACAUACUGAGGAAGUCACGUGCCUUGCCAUUCAUCCCAGAGAGCCAUUCAUAGCGUCCGGACAGCUGGCAGGACGGGACCCAGCAGGCUCUGCUCACGUGAGGAUAUGGCACGGGAUUACCAUGAGCACACAGGCUGUGAUAGGCAUAGGCGUGUUCCAGCAAGGUGUUGCCUGCAUAUCCUUCUCUGAGAAAGAUAGUAACGGCAACCUGUUGAUGACCAUCGACGAGAGCGACCGUCACGUGAUGAGUGUCUGGGACUGGCAGAGGGAGACGAUGGUUGCCAAGACAACGACCACCAACGAUCCAGUGGUGUCGGGCUGCUUCUAUCAGUUCGACGACAGCAUCCUCAUCACAUUCGGCAAACAACACAUGUACUUCUGGACCGUCUUCUGGAAGAGGUCGGAGAGCCGCAUCCUUAGAGACAAGAAGAGUGGACUCUUCGAGGACGAGAUCCCCAAGUUCGUGACUGCCGUCUGCUUCGGGGUUAACGGCGAGGUCAUCACCGGCGACUCCACGGGCUCCAUCCUGGUCUGGCAGCGGGACGACUCCAACAUCUUCACCAUCGACCGCCAGGUCUCAGCCUCAAUGAAGGAGGCGCACAAGAAGAGCAUUUCCUCCCUCGUCUUGUUGUCGGACGGCGUGCUGUUGUCUGGCGGAGGGAGUGAGAUCAAGGCGUGGGACAGCCUCAUGCGCUUCAAGUUGAUGAAGGAGCGAGUGCUGCCCGAGAUGUAUGGAUCUGUGAGGACGGUCGUCCCCCAAACAUCCAACGGCAAGGACGGCUUCCUGUUCAUUGGCACGUCCAAAAACAUCAUUCUGGAAGGUUCACUGCAACAGAAGUUCCGACCAAUCGUGCAGGGCCAUUGCGAGGAGCUGUGGGCAGUGGCGUCACAUCCGUCUGAGCCUGCGUUCUACACGGCAGGGCAUGACAUGUCAGUUAUGAAAUGGUCGGCACUGUCCCAUGCCAUCAUCUGGAGCACACGAGAUAAAAAACCCUGUACCAGCAUAGCCGUGGACUCGAGAGGUCAGAUAGUGGCCGUGGGCACGACCUCAGGAAAGGUCACACUGUACAGCGCCAAGAACGGCGAGGAGACCCAGUCGGUCAAGGUCGGGGCGGCUCAGAUCAACGCCAUCAGCUUUUCUCCAGUUUUCUCUGACCCUAGCGGGAGGCAGAUUGCAGUAGGGACACAUGAUGGCUUCCUGCACUUACUGGUCCUCAACGGCGAAGGAGAGCUCUACAGGCACCAGUCGGCGUCCCUCGGGCAACAAAGUCCAGCCUUCGUCAUGCACUUAGACUGGUCCAGCGAUGGGCGCUUCAUCCAAACUGUACUUGGAAAUUAUGAACUGGUCUUUUGGGACUCGCAGACGAUGCAGAAAUUAAAGUCAGGAAGGACACUGAGGGACGCUGAGUGGGCAAGUUACACCGUGCCUGUAGGCUACCCGCUUAUUGGGUCCUGGCACCACAUGGAGCGGGGGGAAGUGGUCAACGUCGCCUGCCGUUCGUACUUCCAUGACUUCAUCGUCACGGGCGACAGCCGCGGCCGCCUCCGUCUGUUCAAGUACCCCUGUACUGUAGCUAAGGCCGAAUUUCGUGAGGUAAGCCCUUCUCUUCCAACACCACAGCAGCUGUAUUACUGGCAGACGACACGCAUCUUCUGACUUCCGGUGGAAGCGACGCGGCGCUCGUGCAGUACUCACUUGUAGAUAGAUAAAUAUGUUGGAGCAUCUAGCUGUUGUAUUUUUAAAGAACACUCUUCUGACGAAAUAUAAUUGUCUCUCUUGUGUUACUCCAUGAUAAACUUUUAACGACUCAAACAUCAUCACGAAUGUACGAGAAGCAGUCAAAUGAAACGUAGUGGACAUCGGGCAGAUGUAAGCCCAGCCUCUGCUACGUUUCAUUUAACUGCUGCUUAUCUGUGUGUCCCUUUUGUUAGUUGGAAGACAAGAAGUCGUACUCUCUGGCUGAUGACAAGAUAUGAUAUCAGUUGCUGUUUGAAGGCCAUGGGUUGGAGUGUUUUUUUAUGUUUCCCUCGCUCAUCUAUUUCAUUAUUUAUGUUGUCCCAGAGAUGUGAUAGAAUGUCAAUCUGUCGUCUGCUGUUCUCCUUUGUACGCCAAUGCAAGAGAUCAAAAAGCAGCAGCACAUCAUCGUUUAGUGCCUUCUACCGUGCCCAAUCAGUCAUGGUUGGACAGACUUUUUUGUCUGUAAAUAUUCCUGUUAAGAUUUCUACUUUCCUGCAGAACAGCGGAAAGUCCAGGUAACCUCAUUACAUUGUAUCCCUCAUCAAAAAAUAACCCCAAAAGGGUGACUUCAUGUGACUUUGUUUUGUUGUUUUUUUUUUUUUUUUGGUACAUUUUAAAAACUGUUUUUGUGAAAUGGUGUGGUUGGGGUGAAUGUUGAUCGUGUACUGUCGUUAGGUGAUGAUUAGUAAGGGCCACAUUCUUGUUCUGAAACUCUCAUGGACUAAAUACCUAAAUUUCUCUGCCAUGUUCCUCCUGACCUUUUUUUUUAAUUGUUCUCAUUUGAGUAUUGUUACUGAUGUGUGUCGCUCCUUGUCAAGAAUACUUUCUCUUGAUACGUUUUGCCCUCACGCCCUACUACAGACUCUCAGUGCGAUGAGACGGUGAGAUGAUUCAGUUCUUAGUAUUCGUUACUAAGACAAACACUGUGAUAUUUUACAACUUUGUUCUAUUUCAAGCGGGUUUUGUAACACUCACUAUUUUAUAAUAUGUCCUGUCAGUGUUGUUCCUGUGAUAUUUAUACUGCUGCGAUGUCAACAGACGAGACAUGUUAUCAUCGAGUGUCUACUCUCCUUCUAGGAUAUAAACUGUGAUUGUUGUGUAUGUCGCACGUUGUCAAGUGAAUACCACGACUCCACAAUAGUUUGUCUUUUAUUACUUUAUUACUUUCAUUGAUUUAUUAUUUACUUGUAGAUGCACUGAUAACAAUUGUCUUCUAUCUCAAGAAGCGAAAAAACUCGUAUGCUUAGCGAACAGUGUCAGCUAAAAUUUCCGUUACAUGAUACAUGAUUGAUAAGGUCGUGACAGUUCACAGAGCGGGUCACGCUCUAUCGAACCAUGACACGUGGAGAUGGCUCACGGUCUGUUUCUCUGCAGUAGGUACCAGGCAGGGAUAUUGUCAGAGAGGAAAAAUAAAACUUUUAUUGAUAAUCUAGUGUAGGCAUUUAUACCAGAUAGUCUCUAUAUUACCUGUUCUAUUGUCAGAAAAUUGGACCAAGUCUUCUGUAAAAAAGUGUUCUGGAAGUUUAGCAAACAACACUUUUCUGCAGAUUGUAUAACAAUAAAAAAUAUAUGUGCCAUGUACAGGGUGCAUUCCCAGUUGGAUUUUUAUGUCCUCUUGUUUUCUGAUGUAAAGAAGUUUAUUGAUUGCCUCAUUAAAAGGUAAUGGCGGGUAGGCGUGGGACUGCAUCGAAAGCGAUCAGUAAAUGUAGGACAAGUCCCAUUACAUUUUGCUGGCGAAGUGGCGAUAUCGAAGCAGAUGUUUACUCCCCACUUUGACCUGCACGUGCCUUGAAAGCACUGGACUCUCCUCCAAUCGUUGUUAAAGAUGUGAAGAGCACGUCUGGGGUAUCGAACGUUCUCGGUGUCAUGAAUGCUUUAGUGGUUGGUAUGCUUGUUUCUCCAAGUUUUGUCUCGUCAACAGAAUCAUGAACAGACUGUGGCAUGUUCCUCCCACUCAUCUCGUCAGUCCACAGCUUAAAAGGGUAUCCGUCCGUUUGGUGUCAUCGUCGCUCGAUAAGGUCUCGGGAUCAUUAGGAAGUUGUCUUGUUAUGACAUGUUAGCAUCAGCUCUAUGAUGUCAUGGGUUUGGAUGGCCUCCCUUUUAUCUUUAAUGCCACCCGACCUUGAGUUGUACCGAUUUCAUAAACUUACCAUGUUGAGUUCCUUCCCCAGCCCCUUUCCUCAUUUUUCUCUUUAAUCUUUGAAAAUAACUCAAAAACACAUAAAUGAUAUGAAAAUAAAGAAUGUG